CGGAGCUCUAGCAAAGGGCGAAGCUUCUCCGGUUUGAUUCAGUGGGUUGUUUCUUCUCUUCAGGGUCUGAGGUAAAUCUCCUUCCUUUACUUCAACUGGCGUGAAAGUUUCUUCAUUUUGAUAGAUUUCUUUUGCACUCAGUCUCUGUUUAAAGUCAAUUGCUUCCUUUUAUUCUUGCAUUCUCGGCAAUAUCUUCCUCGGGAUCUGGUUUUGGUCCAAAUCUAGCUCCUUUCAGUCGAAAAAUUUGUGGGUUUGAGCUGGGAUCUAUAGUUUAGUUCCUUAUCGUUUGGAUCUUGGGAAAUUGUUGGUUUCGAGUUCAUGAGGAACUUUGAUAGGUAUUUUCUGGUUUCCAUUCUCGUUUUGGUUUCCUUGGCCUCUAUAGUUCAUGUCAUUAGAGCUGCAGAUUAUGUACCGACUGAGGUAUUCCUCCUGAAUUGUGGGGAGUCUUCUGAUGCCAUCGAUGACGAUGGCCGGAAAUGGAUACCGGAUGUAGGGUCCAAGCUUUUGGGGGAUGGGAAAUCGGUGGUCUCCAAAGCUGCCACCCAGGUCUCUGGAGUUCCUUCAGUCCCUUACAUGUCUGCCAGGGUUUUCCGGUCCAACUUCACUUACAGUUUCCCAGUGGUAGCUGGUCGGAAGUUUAUUCGGUUGUAUUUUUAUUCUAAUUCAUAUGAUGGACUUAAUGCUACAAAUGCUCUGUUUUCUGUCACUUCCGGAUCAUAUACGCUUCUUCGGAAUUUCAGUGCUGCUCAAACAUCCGAAGCUUUGAAUUAUUUGUUUCUCGUUAAGGAGUAUUCGGUCAAUGUUGAUGGGGAGAUGUUGAAUAUCACAUUCAGUCCAACUACGGCCUCAGGUGCUUAUGCCUUUGUGAAUGGGAUUGAGGUUUUGGCAAUGCCUGAUAUUUAUAGUAGUACUGAUGGGAGUUUGAUGAUUGUGGGUUUGAAUGCUUCAUUCACCAUUGAUAAUGGCACUGCGCUCGAGAAUGUUUACCGAUUGAAUGUGGGUGGAAAUGUUAUCUCUCCUUCUAAGGAUACGGGUCUCUUCAGGUCAUGGUAUGAUGAUCUGCCUUACAUUUUUGGGGCAGCAUCUGGGGUUACAGGGGCUGCUGAUCCAAACGUGACAUUUGAUUAUAUUCGUUUUCCAAAUUACACUGCCCCAACAACUGUGUAUGCCACCGCUAGAUCCAUGGGACCGUCUCCUGCGGUUAAUGCAGGGUACAAUUUGACUUGGCUUUUCAGUGUCGACUCUGGAUUCUCCUACCUGGUUAGGCUACAUUUCUGUGAGUUCACUCCAAAUGUAACUUUGAUCCAUCAGAGAGUGUUCAACAUCUUCCUCAACAAUCAAACUGCACAAGAGGGAGCAGAUGUGAUUGCCUGGGCAGGAGAGAAUGGGAUUAUUGGAAUUCCUGUGUACAAGGAUUUUGUGGUGCGUGUUCCAGUUGGAGGUCCGCAGCAGGAUCUAUGGCUUGCGUUGCAUCCAGACACGGCUGAUAAGCCGCAACUUUAUGAUGCAAUCCUUAAUGGCGUGGAGAUAUUCAAGAUAAGUGAUACAAGUGGCAACCUUGCGGGGCUCAAUCCAAUCCCUGCUCCGCCAAAUGAUGUUAAUCCCUCAUUGGCUUUGCUGCCUCGUUCUGGCCACUCAAAGCGGACAGCAAUUAUUGCAGGUGGCAUUGGUGGUGGAGUUGCCCUAGCCCUUCUUGUUGGUUUCUGUGUGUUUGCUGUUUCCCGUCACUACAGGCGUGGAAAAGUCCCAAGUUCGAGUGAUGGUACAUCAGGGUGGCUUCCUCUUUCCUUGUAUGGAAAUUCACACUCUGCAGGUUCAGCAAAGACAACCACUACUGGAAGCUAUGCUUCAUCGCUUCCUUCAAACCUUUGUCGUCACUUCUCAUUUGCUGAGAUCAAAGCUGCUACAAACAACUUUGAUGAAGCUUUACUUCUUGGUGUUGGAGGUUUUGGCAAAGUUUACAAAGGAGAAAUUGAUGGUGGAACAACAAAAGUUGCAAUCAAGCGUGGAAACCCACUAUCUGAACAAGGUGUACAUGAAUUCCAAACUGAGAUUGAAAUGCUCUCAAAACUCCGACAUCGCCACCUUGUUUCAUUGAUUGGUUAUUGUGAAGAGAACACUGAAAUGAUCCUUGUUUAUGAUUACAUGGCUCAUGGAACAUUGCGGGAACAUCUGUACAAAACGCAAAAGCCUCCUCUGCCAUGGAAGCAAAGGCUUGAGAUAUGCAUAGGAGCUGCUCGUGGUUUGCACUAUCUGCACACUGGUGCAAAACACACUAUUAUCCACCGUGAUGUCAAGACAACUAACAUUCUUCUGGAUGAGAAGUGGGUGGCAAAAGUUUCUGAUUUUGGAUUGUCAAAAACUGGCCCUACGUUGGAUCACACUCAUGUGAGCACUGUGGUGAAGGGUAGCUUUGGUUAUUUGGAUCCAGAGUAUUUUAGAAGGCAGCAGCUAACGGAUAAGUCUGAUGUUUACUCAUUUGGAGUUGUGCUCUUUGAGAUCCUUUGUGCUCGGCCAGCCUUGAACCCCACACUACCAAAGGAACAGGUGAGCUUGGCAGAGUGGGCUGCACACUGCCAUCGGAAAGGCAUCCUAGAUCAGAUUGUUGACCCUUAUCUGAAGGGAAAAAUUGCACCAGAAUGCUUCAGAAAGUUCACCGAGACAGCAAUGAAGUGUGUGUCUGAUCAGGGUAUCAGCAGGCCAUCAAUGGGUGAUGUACUCUGGAACCUAGAAUUUGCUCUUCAGCUACAAGAGAGUGCGGAAGAGAGUGGGACGGGAAUUGGCAAAAUGGAUUUUGAGGAUGAUGCAUUCAACAUGGCCUGUAAAGGCAAGAACGAUCCCACUUCAUCCCCUGGUUUUAAUGGCAAUGUGACAGACUCCAGGAGCAGUGGGAUGAGCAUGAGCAUAGGUGGCCGGAGCGUGGCAAGCCAAGACUCCGACGGGUUGACGCCAAGUGCUGUGUUCUCACAGAUCAUGAACCCCAAAGGGCGUUGAAAGUCAGUGAACCCCUGUCAGGCAACUUCCAGAAUCUGGUGUGCCAAUGUAUCCUUAUUACUUAAUCAUAGCAUCGAAAAUUUGGUAUUUUCUGUUCAUUCAUUUUACCUUAUAUUAAUAUUUUUUUGAUAUAUCAUAUGUUUUGAACAACUCAGUUGUAAUUUAUUUCUAAUAUUUAGAAUUACACGAAGAUUGAAGAAUGUUGAAAGUAAUGUUUGAAAGUAAUGCUUUCAUUUACCAUCACCGCAGUCUAUUUGUAAUUUAUAUCUACUAUUUACUUCACUUCAUGAACAACUGUUCAAUUUGGACAUAAAAUUGUUUAUUUCUU